AACCCUAAAGCUAAAACGGACGUGGAACUUCAUUGAAAGCACAAGAAGCAAAAGGUUUCGAUUCAAUAGCCAGAGGAAGGGACACUCGCGUUUCAUUAUUUCGUUGACAGCAUAAGGAUUCGAAAAUGUAAGUUUCAGCUCUCUUCUCCCUUUCAUCGUUUUCUAUCUCAGCUCUCAAUGGCGUGUCAUUUCCCUUUCUCCUCUUCUGCAUACCUCAAAACCCACAAAUUCCAACCAAGUCCCCGCCUUUACCCUGCCAUUUCAUGCCGGAAUCAAGACCCAGAUGCUGAAGUUGACGAUAAACACCGGAAUGCCCGUAAUACCAAUCAUACCCAUUUGAAUUUUCUCGCUAUCCCCAUUACUCUCACUGUUAUCUCCACCGCCCUAGCAUCAAAACCGGCCCUUGCUGCUGCAGCAGCGACGGCGAAGACUAGCCAGAAAAGAAAAGCCAAGAAAAAAGCACAGGAGACCUUGAGCCCCGACCAGCUCAAGCAAUGGACUAAGAAUCUGCCUCUUGUGUCGAGUCGAAUACCGUAUACUGAAAUUCUGAGUUAUAAAGAGCAAGACAAGCUGAAGCAUGUAAUUAAGCCGCCCAGUGCGCGGAUGAAGGAGCGUGCUGAGUCUGUUCUGGUUGUUUUGGAUGACAAUCAAGUGUUUAGGACCGUGUUGCCUUCCAUUGAAAGUAACAAGAGGUUUUGGGAUUCUUGGGAUGAGUUAAAGAUUGAUACUUUAUGUGUGAAUGCUUACACGCCUCCUGUUAAGAAACCAGAACUGCCUAAGCCGUAUCUGGGCUUUCUGUGGAAAGUUCCUGAGUUCAUAUUGGCGAGGCUUGAGCCUAAGAAGGAGUCAAAAAGAGCUAUGGAAAUCAGGAGGAUGAAGGAGGAGUUCAAGAGGCAACAGAAAGAAGAGCUGGCAAUAAUGAGAGAGGAAAGGGAAAUGAUGGAGAAAGCAAUAAAAAUUCAACAGAAAGAAGAGAGAAGGAGGAAGAAGAGGGAUAUCCAGAAGAAGAAGCACCGUGAAUCACUGCGUGAUGCACGGGCAAAUUCUACCAAAAUGGCAAACAUUUGGGCUGAUUUGGCUCAGGACUCGAAUGUUGCGACAUUCUUGGGAUUGGUGUUUUUCGUGAUAUUUUAUAAUACGGUAGUGCUUAGUUACAGGAAGCAGAAGAAGGACUAUGAGGAUAGGUUGAAGAUUGAGCAGGCAGAGGCAGAUGAGAAGAAGAAGAUGAGAGAGUUGGAGAGGGAAAUGAUGGGCAUUGAGGAAGAGGAGGAUGAGGAAGGUGGUGAGCCAGGGAAAGCAGAAGAGAAUGCUUACAUGAAGAUGGCUAUGCAGUUCAUGAGGUCUGGGGCACGGGUUAGGCGGGCUCAUAAUAAGAGGUUGCCUCAGUAUCUAGAAAGGGGUGUGGACGUGAAGUUUUCGGAUGUUGCAGGGCUUGGCAAGAUAAGGCUUGAGCUUGAGGAGAUUGUGAAGUUUUUCACACAUGGCGAGAUGUACCGGAGGAGAGGAGUCAAGAUUCCAGGUGGAAUACUUCUUUGUGGGCCCCCUGGUGUUGGGAAGACCUUGCUAGCAAAAGCUGUGGCUGGUGAGGCUGGCGUCAAUUUCUUCUCCAUAUCUGCCUCUCAGUUUGUGGAAAUAUAUGUCGGGGUUGGCGCUUCUCGUGUUCGAUCACUUUACCAAGAAGCAAGGGAAAAUUGAUGCUCUUGCGUAUGUAGGCUCCAUCUGUGGUCUUCAUUGAUGAACUGGAUGCUGUUGGAAGAGAACGUGGUCUGAUUAAAGGUUCUGGUGGACAAGAACGUGAUGCUACUCUGAACCAGCUCCUAGUAUCCCUGGAUGGAUUUGAAGGACGAGGUGAAGUGAUCACCAUUGCUUCCACAAAUAGACCAGAUAUUUUAGAUCCAGCACUUGUGCGCCCUGGUCGUUUUGACAGGAAAAUCUACAUCCCUAAACCUGGUCUCAUAGGUCGCAUGGAAAUCCUCAAGGUUCAUGCUCGCAAGAAGCCGAUGGCUGAGGAUGUGGACUACAUGGCUGUAGCCAGUAUGACUGAUGGGAUGGUUGGUGCGGAGCUUGCAAACAUAAUUGAAGUUGCGGCCAUUAACAUGAUGCGUGAUGGCAGAACUGAGAUAACUACUGAUGACUUGUUACAAGCUGCACAAAUCGAAGAGAGAGGAAUGCUGGACAGAAAAGACAGAAGCACUGAGACUUGGAAGCAAGUAGCUAUCAAUGAAGCUGCCAUGGCUGUUGCAGCCGUGAACUUUCCUGAUCUCAGGAAUAUUGAAUUCGUUACAAUAUCUCCUCGAGCUGGUAGAGAACUUGGUUAUGUUCGGCUGAAAAUGGAUCAUCUCAAAUUUAGAGAAGGGAUGCUCAGUCGGCAAUCCCUACUGGAUCAUAUCACUGUGCAAUUAGCACCACGAGCAGCUGAUGAGUUAUGGUAUGGCGAGGGUCAGUUGAGUACAAUAUGGGCUGAAACAGCAGACAAUGCGAGGUCGGCAGCAAGAACCUAUGUUCUUGGUGGGCUUUCAGAGAAGCAUUAUGGGGUAUCCGACUUCUGGGUAGCAGACCGGAUAAAUGAAAUAGAUUUAGAGGCCUUGCGGAUAUUGAACAUGUGUUAUGAUCGUGCAAAAGAGAUUCUGAAUGAGAACCGAAAGCUGAUGGAUGCAAUCGUGGAUCAACUUGUCAACAAGAAAAGCUUGUCAAAACAAGAGUUUACCAACCUAGUUGAGUUGCAUGGCUCCAUCAAACCUAUGCCCCCAAGCAUACUUGACCUCAGAGCUGUCAAGCGUGCCGAGUUUCAAAGACUCUUGAUGAGCCAGGCACAAGUCGACAUCAACUUGUGAAACCGGUUCCCACACCAAUUAGUCUUGGUAACUGAUGCAACUUUGUAGCCAAACGAGCAUUAGGAUACCUUCCUAGGGGGUAUUGGGUUCGUAUAAAUUCGUCAUUUCCAAUCCCUUGUUCGUUACGCUAUAGUUGAAUUUACUUGCCCGAGUUAACAUUACGGCAAACGACAGGUUGUACUCCAGAAAGAGCAUACUAGUGGCUCGUUUGGAGGAUAUGAGUUUAAAUCUAUAGAUUAUUGGCAAUCUAAAGAGUUUAACUAUUUGAAUUGUUGAAAAC